AUGGCGGACAACGCCGCAUUCCAGCUCGAUAAUCUAGAAGAUCUGGAAUCAAUCGAGCUCAGCGAUGAGUUCAUAAGGGAGAACAUGGAUCAUUCCUCCUUCAAGGAGGAUCAUUUUCGUCAAACUCUUAACAGCUUGUGUGAGUCCUUUGUGAUGUCUUUUCUUGGCGAUGAGGGUGUCAACCUCGUCUUGCUUUACAAUUUCUUCAAAGAAAGCUCCACCGUGUUGACAGAUAUCCAGAAAGUCCUUCAGGCUUUCAUUUCUCAGUUGGAUUCUAUCCAGGCCGAUAUCGGGUCCGUGCGGGAAUCCCUUGUCUCGAAGGGUACCACGCUCAAGAACAUUCUCUCCACGGAGGCUAUUCUCUCCUCGGCGAUCUCGCGGCUGGUGAUCCCGCCGGAGGUGGUUCAGGUGAUCACGCAAUCCAACGAGCAGCAGCUGGGGACGCAGUUCAAGCAUUGCGUGAAGGAGCUUCUCCGCUAUCUGCAGCAUCGCGAGGCGGUGUGGAAUUACCCCGCCGUGGCCGCGUGUAGUCGUCAAAGCAGUAAAGACGCCGAGAGUUUCUCACACGACGAGGAACCUCCCAACAAGCAAGAGAUGCACAUUCCCUUUACCGAGUGUCGUGUGUAUAACGAUCUGAUGAACUUUAUGGACUCCUUGACGCUCUUUGCAUGCUGGAAGAUUAAAUCCUUCCUUUCUCACAAGCUCCAAGUCUUAACGAUAAAAGGCACGAAUAUAUGGAUUCAGCAGGAAAACGUUCUCAAGCCUUUUUCCUUUUACGUCUACUUUCUCCAGCAUGCCGCGUCGUUUCUGAGUCGUCGCCUUCCUCGCUCCCUCUCUGCCACGGCCGCAAGAAGCCACUCAAAAAGCGCCGCCCCUCUCUACCCACUCGUCCGCCACCUCUACGAGGAGUUCAGGGCGGAAUACCGACAGAUUAUGCUUCGCCUCUAUUUAAAACGCGUUCAGGAUUACGUCCUGACGUGUCGUUUGAUGGAGUUCACCACGAUGCUGCCUGAGCGUGCGAAGGCAGCAGAGGGGGAUUCCUUCUACGCCCUCCCCCUUCUCACCGCCCCUGCGGCGGCGUGCGCGCCGGAGCUGCUUCGUUUAGGAGGUCGGGGUGAAAUUUUUCGUCGUCUCUUCAGUCCCCCGUUGAUUCCGGUCGUGGAGCGGGCGAAUCAUCGCCGGCAUUCUUAUGAGGAGACGUUUCGCUCGAUAUUAAGCGUCAUGUGCGAUAUCGCCACCCAUGAGUACCUCUUUACCUGCGAUUUUUUCAGUGGAGAUGCGCUCGUCUUCGUGGAAGUUUUUUGCCCCGCGAUUCAGUUCGUCGUUGACUACGUCGCGGAGGUCGUUCUUUCUCAAGGCAACGGCGAGGUGCGGCAGAUGCUCGACGGCAAGUCCAGCCCAUUCAUUCAUGAAAACGUCGAGGAGGAUACCUAUGGGCUUCUGAUCAUGAUCCGUCUAUGUUAUGAAUUUCGAUCCAUGAUGCGGCAUGUGCGCAAGCUCUACUGCCUAGAUGGCUUCUUUGAUUCCCUGCUGCGGCUUUUACUGCCCGUGUACAAGGAAAAUCUUGAGAAGCAGUUUGUUGCCCUUCGCGGUGUGGAGCCGAUGGUGCUCGCUCAGGCGAUGUCGGUGCUGCCAUCCACCGAGGCGAAAUUGAGGGAGGUUCAUCCCCUCGUGAAAUCGUUUACGGAGUUUUCCUGCGCUAUUAUGAGUCUUCUACUAGGCCUGCUUGUUAGCGAGGAGCGUCUUCGUGCGGAGGACGAACUGCAUCGGGAUAAGCUCCUAGGAGGGAGGCUCCCAGAAUCGGAUAUGUCCUCCUCGUUUGGCAUACAGACUGGAAAAGCCUCCCGUACGCAAGGCACGACUGGCGAUUCGUUUGACGAGUUGCGGGAGUUGGCACUCCAACGUUUUGCGGAGGAGGAGGAAAGUGAGGCGUCCGAUAUCAUAAACGAAUUUAUGAUGUUAGUUAGCAAGCUUGAAUUUAUCCGACAGAGUAUGAUCCAGCUGUUUCAGAAUCUCAGUCGGUGUAUUUUAGCAGAUGAAAAGGAUGCCUCCGUGCGCGAUCAUUUGGAACCUCUUCAGAGCUGCUAUAUGCUAAACAAUAUUUUUUAUAUUCUUCAACAGUACCAUCAGCACCAAAUCAUUUUGAGUGAAACAAAUCCAACUGAGAGCAUCGAGGAGGAUGGGAUGGUGCAGGCAUUAAAAGGUGAAGAAUUUCUUCCGCUGGAUACGCGAGAUAACUUUCAGGACCUCAAAUAUACCUAUCUACGCUAUCGCGCAGAGUUUGUUGAGAAUAUGAUUCGCAAGCACCUGCCUGCUUUCUUUGCUGUUAUACAGAACGGCGAAAGCUGUUCUGUCAACGAGAUCAAGGAGGCCACGGACAGCUUCAUGCUGUCUUGGCAAGAUGCGCUUGAUAGCAUUGUGAAAACUGUCCAUCGACUGAUCUCCGAUCCGGUAAACGCGCAGCAGAUCGCUGCUCAGAUCUGCAUGGACAUUCUCCUCUACAACACGAGAUUCCACGGACUUGUCGCGAAAGCGUUCGAGAAGGAUCGCGAAGCCUUCGACAACUGUCCACUCCGCUCGUUGAUCGUAACGAACCAAACGGUAUUGCAGUUCAUGCGUAAAUUCUUGUCUUCCCUUCCGUUGGGUACUGACGAAUGA